GGAAGAUGGAAAUCCCUCUCCUGAUUGUCUCACUGAUCUUUCUCUGCUUCUUUUCCUCUGCUCUCUCAUCUUCUGUGGUCACCUAUUUACCUGGAUUCCAAGGCCCCCUUCCCUUCUACUUAGAGACAGGGUACGUGGAGGUGGACCAGGACCACGGCGGUGAGUUUUUCUACUACUUCAUCAAGUCGGAGAACAAUCCGGCAGAGGACCCCCUGCUCCUCUGGCUGACCAGCGGGCCCAGGUGCUCUGCCUUCAGCGGAUUAGUCUUCGAAAUCGGUGGGCCCCUGAAAUUUGUGACAGCCGAGUACAACGGGAGCUUGCCAAGCUUGGUCUACCAUCCUUAUUCCUGGACCAAGGUAGCCAACAUUAUCUUUGUAGAUUCCCCGUUGGGUCCUGGAUUCUCAUACUCAAGAAAAUAUGAAGGGUAUGAUGCCAAUGAUACUAUUUGGUCUGAACAGGCUUCUAAGUUUCUUUUACAGUGGCUUGUUGAGCACCCACAGUUCAUCUCCAAUCCCCUCUACAUUGCUGGGGAUUCAUAUGCUGGAAAACUUGUACCUAUGGUGGCCAAAAGAAUAUUGGAUGGUAUUGAUGAAGGGAAAGAACCAUUACUUAACCUCCAGGGUUACUUGAUUGGCAAUCCAUCCACGGGUGGAAAAGUCGAUACCAAUUCUAAAAUACCUUAUGCUCACAGCAUGGGAAUCAUAUCAGAUGACUUCUUUGGGGUAAUCUUAGUAGAUCAACUAGGACGAAUUUCUCAAAAUGAUCUUUGGUAUCACUUCACGAAUUGGGCAUCUGUUGUUGGUUUAGUCGGUAAUGUAUUCCAAGCUAAUUACAGUCCUGCAAAGGCAGGAGUGAUUGGUCUCACGAAGACUGUUGCAAAAGAAUACGCAAGCAGAAAUAUCAACGCAAAAUCAGAAAUUGAACAAGACUGCGAACCCAAAUACGAAUCUCCAGAGUCAACCUCCGAACCAGACUCGGAAGAAUCAGAUCAGACCAAUUUCAUAGCACUAAUGGCCAGAGAGGAAAUUGCUGAAUCUGAGUCUGAACUCGAGGUGGCAACAGUCAAGGGGGAGCAUCCUGUCAUAAAUUUGAGAGUUGAUCCUAAUAAUAUUUUUAUUGAUGAUGUUAUUGUUCCAGAUAUUCUUAAUGUUGCAGGUGUUUUUGAUGAUGAAAGUGUAGGGGAGACCCAAGAAUCAUUUCCUUUGACUAUUCCACCACCAGUUGAGCCAGUUGAGCCUUUUAUUGUGCAUAUUGAUGAUGGAAGUGUAGGGGAGACUCAAUAA